AUGGCAUCAUCAGCUACGUCCAAUACGCCGAUGGAAGAUGCCAUUCGGGCCAAGAUCAACGAGGCACUCCAGCCUUCUCGCUUGGAGAUCUUUAAUGACUCCCACAAGCACGCACAUCAUGCCCCAAUGGCGAAAACCACAUCCAAGGAGACACACUUCAGACUGGUAGUCACCUCCGAGGCUUUCAAGUCCAAAAUGCAACCCGCUCGGCAUCGCAUCAUCUACCAACUGCUCAAGGACGAGAUGGCGAAGGAGGGAGGUAUCCACGCUCUUCAGCUGCGGACUAUGACUCCGGAGGAAGAACAGCGGGUACGGGAAAGAGAGCAACAGAGCUCGACUCAUGCGGAGACAAGCUGA